CCGUCGAAGAUCGUCUCGCCAUUUGGGCCUCAUGGGCAAACUGAACAAGGUGCGGCUGCUGGGCGAGCUGGUGGAAGUGGUGGAGUCCGUGCAGGGAGAGGAGGAGUUCUGUGAACAGCUCCAGCACCGACUAAUGGAUUUCCGGCGCACGGGCUUUCGCGACAUGGAGCCCCUGAUGUUUGGCAGCAAGGAUCAGGCCGACUUGGUGGGACAGCCGCUGGAGCGAUUUCGCUUUGCCGAGGCCAUUGCCUAUCUUGAUCAGAAUAUGCGCCUGGACAGGGAUCUCUAUCAGCUGGCCGAAGAGUCCCUCAAGCGAUUCAAGUCGCAACGGGCUGUGAUGUACACGCGGGCCACUGAGGCACAGAAUAAGUUCUAUGAUCUGCUCGAUCAGCUCGUUGAGGGCGAGCACUGCAGCAAUAUGAAUGUUCUGGUGCGCAGCGAGUUGCACGAGCUGUCAGGGGCACGAAAAUGUCUGCGCCGAGUCGUCAAUCAGAUGAUUAUGCACCCCCUCACGGAGAGAACGUACAGCGAGACAAUGCGCCUGAUCAAGUGUUUGGUGGCCAAGCUGUGCGUCCUCAUGCCAUUCCACAUACCGUGCACCAUCCACUGGGGACUGAUCCGCAACGAGGAGGUGACCCAACUGGCCAACUCGCUGAGCGAUGAGCUGGCGUGCCUGCAGCUGGAGCUGUUGCGCCAGCGGGAGCAACUCUCUCUCGCGCGCAGAAUGGAGCAGGAGCGAACCAGCGGCCAUCUGCUGGAGCUUCACGUUGGCAACGCCAAAGCUUCGGAUGAGGAGAUGUCCGAACGGUCCGACCGUCAGACCCUUAUCGAGAUGCAGGCAGCUCGGCCACAGCAGUUCUCCGACUCGGGCUAUGGCACAGACAGAGACUCCGACAGCAGCUCCACCACGGACCAGUGGCGCAGCAGCGACCAGCGUUCGGUGCAGCAGAGUGCGGACGAGACGGCGACUCGCCGGCAGAACUUCGCGGAGGCCAUGAGGCGCUACAAGGAAGUCCACCGUCGACGGAUGGAUGAGCUGUCCGACAAUCAGCAGACUUGUAGCAUAUGAAGAGAUAAAUCCUCCUACGAUUACAGCUACUGAUACUCACCGCACCCAGCGCGGCUACCGUGCCAGAGCGUUCGGGUUCCCAGUAUUUUGUGAUAUUCGAGUAUAAAACUAAAAAAAACAAACCA